AUGACGGAUUCCUUGCUGUUUUUUUUUAACAUGGGCUUAAUUAGGAAAGUCUCAUUUGAAGAAUAUUGGAAUAAGCACAGUCCAUCUCAGUCUACACCCUGGUUCCGUUGUAUGUUUAGUCGAAACCAAUUCCAAAACAUCUUAAAAUUUUUGCACCUGGUGGACACCAAAACACUCCCUAAUCCUAAUGAUCCAGCUUACAAACCAUCUCAAAGGUUCAAACCGUUACUUGAUUUCGGUAACAGGAAAUUUUUACGGUAUUAUAAUUCCCGCAGAGAACUUGCUGUAGAUGAAUCCCUUGUUGGUACAAAAGGAAAGACAAGUAUGUUACAGUAUAUACCAAGUAAACGUUCAAGGUUUGGCCUUAAAUUCUGGAUGUUGGUCGAGUCCGUCACCGUGUAUGUUUUACAGAUGGAUGUAUAUCACGGGAAACGUUUCGAUCCCACUCCUGCUGGAACAUUACAAGGAACAAAUGUAGUAAUAAAUUUAAUGAAGAAUUCACAUCUUCUUGGAAAAGGCUUUCAUGUUUUCGCCGAUAACUUUUUUGCUUCACUUAAUUUAGCUAACAAAUUAUUGAGAGAGCGUACGUAUCUCACAGGCACAAUGAGAACUAAUAGACCUACGCCACAGAUGAUAAAAAAUGCAUGUCCUCAAGCAGGGAAUGCUGUUUACGCUAGACAAAGACAAAUCAUGCUUUGCUGUUUCCGCGACCACAACAGAAAAAACCCCGUCACAUUGGUGUCUACUUACUACAAUGCUAUUGAUACACUAAACGGUAAACCUAGGAUCAUAGGCGCAUAUAAUACAUUCAUGGGCGGUGUCGACCUUAGCGACCAAAUGAUUGGAGCAUAUAAUGAUCACAGGAAAUGCAGUAAAGUAUGGAAAAAAAUUAUAUAUCACAUAUUUAACCGCAUCAUGUUAAACGAGUAUAUUCUGUACAGUCAUAACACAUCAUUACCGGUUAUGUCCUGA